GAUUCGAUAUCAGUUACGAGUUGGCCACACCAUCCGAUAGAAAGCAAAAAGUGCAAUCGCAAAAUACAACUUCUCGACCAAAAUGAAAUCCGUCGUGUUCGCCCUCAUCCUGGUAUCGUUCGGUGCGCUGGUCAUUAGCCAGAGCCACAACUACUUCUGGGGCUACAAGGGCCAGUACGAUGUCCUGCUGAAUCGCACCUUCGCCAUCAAGUCCUCCUCCAUCCUGCAAGUGAAGACCAUGGAUCUGGUCUAUCCGCUUAAGGGUCAAGUGGGUCGUAACAUAUCGGCCAUCAGUAUCACCGACCAGUACAUCAACGGCAAGGGCGGAUACGCCAGUUUGUUGGCCGGUGGCAUCGGUUACAAUCACACGACGAUUCACUUGAAAUCACAGCGGGGCAACGGAUUCAGCUUUAUCGUGGAAAUUUAUGGCCGAUAAUUUCGCUCGCUGGCUGGGGUUUGGUGCCGCAGCAAAACAAUUAGGGAGCAUGUGAGGGGUUUCGAAGGAUUAUCAGUUUCUGAUUGUUUUAUGAAGAAGCGGGGUGUAGCGUGGUAAUAAUUGUGCUAUCUGUUUGGUGCUGUUUGAUAAUAUUGAUUCAAUGAACGUUGCCGGUUCAGUUUCAUAAUGAACAAAAUGUUAUUUAUUGAAUGGUAUUAAGAUCUGCAAUAAAAUAAUAAACACGAGCGAA